AUGAAGCUCGUCCAACUCAUCCGCGAAUGGUGUCGCGACUACGUUGUCUUCACCAAUUCCAUCGUUUUCAUCUUAGGCCUAAUAUUUAGCUACAAGUUGGUGGAGAAGACGUUUCUGAACAUCUUGAUCACGCGCCUCACCAACGCGUGGGAGGAUUACGACUUCCGGCGAGCUGUCGUGGUCGUGAAUUUGCAGGAAGGAUCGGCCGCGCUUCUCGUGGCGUUCUUCGCUUAUGUCGCCGACGUUCGCUCCGGCCGCUUCAAAAUGGCGGUUUUCUCCACCGCAGUUUGCAUCAUCGGACUGUCGCUCAACGCUCAGGCAGUUGGAAACAACGAGCAACGCCUCGAUUUUCGUUUAUUCUACCCUGCAUUGGGCCUCAUGACUCUGGCGCAAGCAGCGCAAACUUUCACGCUGCGUGCAUUUCUUGAUGAUCAGCUGCGGCCGAGGGAUGCCACUGUAGCCCCCGCAGCCGCCCACCUCACGGACGGGAGGCGCAGCAUGUUCUGGUGGUACUUUGUCGCCUUCACGGCCGCCAUUUUCGCGCAGUUUGGGCCUUUAGCGGAUUACGAGUUUAGGAAACUCGCAAUAGUGUUAGCGGCCAUGAUGGGAUCUUGCUUCUUAUUGUUCUUGCUGGGUACCAAAUACUACGUCUUCGUCUCCACGGUUCCGAACCCUUUCAGAGGCGUUGGAUCCGUCCUUGUCAAGGCGGUCGCCAAGAGAAAAGUCGAGUAUCCGCAAUCUCCAGAGGGGUUGUUCCACAACUUUAACGGCGAUCUGCAUAUCCCGCCUCGUGUUCCGUGGUUGAGCACCUUCUUCUUCGAAGAAGCCCUCAGCCUCAGCGAAAACAUACGCCACGUCAUCUUCUUCGCCAAUCUACAGAAGUUCACAGAGGUAGUAGUCUCAGAAAUAUGCUACUACACAAUCGAGCGCCUAAAGAGAUACAAUGAGCAGAAAAUGGAGCUCGUGAGAAUCGGAAUUGGGAUGUCGUGCUGCAUGCUAUGCUGCAUGGCUGCCUGGGCGACUUCGCCCAGGCAGCACGGGACUGGCAUGAGCGUGUACUGGCUAACUCCGCGCUACUUGUUGUUGGGGAUAACGCGGGGACUCGCUGGGGAUGGGCUUGAAUUGUUCUACAAAUCUCAGGUUUUGGAGAGUUUGUUCCGAUUCGGGCCGCCGUUCGUGGAGAUCAUGAUGGGGGUUGGAAGAUAUCUGAGCAUCGUUUGUGUCUUUGUGUUUAGCGGAGAGUGGUUUCAGAAGGAUCUAGAAGAUAGUCGUCUCGACAAGUAUUAUAUUUUUUUGGGGUGUUUGAGUGUUGGGAAUUUUGUGGCCUACUGUUUGGCAGCGCGGUGGUAUGGAGACGACGACUUCCUGGUGGACGAAGAGAUGGGGAUUGUAGAGCAAAUGCUGGCCGAGAUAGAGGGGCGCCAGCGGGCGCUGUCAGAGCCCGAAGAGAGAAGAGUGCGUGGAGAAGGUAAUAGAGGGGAAAGCUCCGCCUCUGUCUCUGGAUUCGGACAGGAGGCGGAGGUAUAUGAAGACCCGCUUUUGGGGUCUUCGGAAUCCAACAAAAAUUUAUCUGCAUAUAAUUAUGUGUUGAUGCGCGCAGUGACAGUGUUUUCACGUCUGAACUCAAGAGCGGCGCGCAGGCGGCGGCUGAAGGAUCAAUAG